AUGGACACCGCCGAUCAGCUUGCAUCUGUGGGGAUGUUUCAAGUGCUUAAAUUACCUCUGGGAUUUAUCCGUGUUUUGGAAUGGCUCUUUGCCAUUUUUGCAUUUGCGACAUGUGGGGGCUACUCUGGGCAGCUGCAGGUUAGUGUCGACUGCAUGGAGAAGGCCAGAAGCAACCUCAGCAUUGGCAUCGACUUUGCUUAUCCUUUCAGGUUGCACCAGGUGUCCUUUGAAGCGCCUGUGUGUGAGGGCAUUAUGAGCGAACGCGUGUUCCUCAUCGGAGACUAUUCAUCCUCUGCAGAGUUCUUCGUCACCAUUGCUGUCUUCGCCUUCCUGUAUUCCCUCAUGGCCACUGUUGUCUACAUCUUCUUUCAGAACAAGUACCGUGAAAACAACCGAGGACCACUCAUUGACUUUAUAGUGACAGUGGUGUUCUCCUUCAUGUGGCUGGUCAGUUCCUCUGCUUGGGCCAAGGCUCUGUCUGAUGUGAAAAUGGCCACUGAUCCAGAUGAGGUGCAGCUCCUCAUCUCUGCCUGCAAAGUACAGACCAACAAGUGUGGCUCUGUACAUGGACCACGCUGGUCCGGACUCAAUACCUCAGUGGUUUUUGGGUUUCUCAACUUUGUUCUAUGGGCUGGGAAUAUCUGGUUUGUCUUUAAGGAGACCGGUUGGCACAAGGGUGCCUCAAGGUUAGCAGACGGGGCAUCUGAGAAACAGUCCGGCACCUUUAACCAGCAGCCCUACAACCAGGGAAGCUUUGACCAGUCAGGGAGCUACAACACCCAGGGAAACCUCAGCCAGCCGUCUGAGUACAGCCAGGUGGGAGGGCCCACUUCCUACUCCAAUCAAAUGUAG